GUGCCGAAGCCUGUGGAGAUGUACCAGCUGGACGCAGUGCCCGGCCGCACCUUCGCUGCACUGCGGAUUGACAAGGAAUGCUGUAUUGAUAAUGAUAAUGAAGACAUGGAGUCUUGCCAAUCAACUUUUGAAGAGGAACAUGCAGCCCUUGAUAUGACUGCUACUUUUAUUUCUAAUCUUUUGAGUCCGUACAAUCCACGACAGCGUGCUGAGGUGCUGCAGUCGUUGUGUGCGCGGUGGCAGUUGCGAGUGGGUGCAAGAGGCAAUAUGCCGUAUGAUGAGUACUGUCGUCAAAUGGUCAACCGUCUUUCAGUGCGGUUGAGCCGUGUUUUUGGUCGUCGUUCUUCUGUGUCUGUUGUUGGUGGAACCUUCGUUUCGGAGCCCACUGAUGCU